UAUGUCCUUUGUGUUUCUCAAGUCCUUAUCUGCACACUGUUCAGUUAGAUGCCCUUUUUCUUUGUCUUACACAAUGUGGGACUCUUUGGUUUAAUUUCUUUGAUCUUUUGCACAACCCUUAUUUCUUAAGAUUCCACAGAGGGAACGCACUGUACAGCAGUAAGGCUAGCAACUAGAAGAAGAGAGAAGUUUUUCUAUGACUGAACGAUUGAAUUUUAAAGUAAUAGAUGGUAUUUCGUCAUCAUUGCCAAUCACUGUUUUGAAUUUCAUUCUUUUCUUAGACAUUACAGAAAAUAUUUCCAAUGUAACAGCAUGAAACGUAUGUACAGAAGUGGUAAAUGAUUGUGAGAUGAUGUGAAUGAAUGGAUGCUUUUUUUUUUUGUCCUUAUAGAAAGCUCAUACACAGGUUUCUCUUGAGUCAUGGUUGAGCAGAAAACCGUCAUGGACUCAAAUUGGAAGUAUCUGAUGGGGUGCGUAAGGGAGGUGCGUAAGAGGAUUGUACUCAGCUCAAUGAAGAAGCGCCUCCUCCUCUCCUUUCUCUGUGUUUUACCACUGUGUCUUUUCAAUGGAUGGCCGAGAAGAUUCCAGGCACUGAAAGCCGUAAAUCUGAUCACCUUCGAUGACGGGAACAGCGGUAGAAACAUCAGCAUCCUGCUGUGGUACUGGCCCUUCAGAAAGUCAUACAGCCUGAGGGGUGACGUGUGCUGGGACCUCUAUCGCAUCCCUCGCUGUAGACUGGUGGACCAGCGCUCCUUGUUCCCCUCAGCUGAUGUGGUCGUGUUCCACAAUGUAGAGCUGGCACUGGGACUGCAGAAGCUGCCCCAUAACCUCUCACGACCACAGGGCCAGAGGUGGGCCUGGAUGUCCCUGGAAGCCCCUGUUUACAAUGGAAAAUUGUUGCAGUAUGCAAAUAUCUUCAACAUGACCAUCACCUACAGGAGAGAUGCUGAUAUCCCAAUACCCUAUGGCGAACUGCUACCAAAGGAGGCUGAAGGACAUCUGGUUGAAGAAGUCCCUCUGAAUAAGAGCUUCCUGGUCUGUUGGGUGGUCAGCAACUUCAGGAGCCAUCACAGGAGAAGCAAAGUGUACAAAGAGCUCAAAGCCACAGUUCCUGUAACGGUUUACGGCCGCUGGACAAAGGGAGCCCUCCCCUCUAAUGCCCUCUUACCUACAAUCUCUCGCUGCUACUUCUAUUUGGCUAUGGAGAACUCGGUCACCAAGGAUUAUGUCACAGAGAAGCUGUGGAGGAAUGCUUUCCAAGGCGGGGCGGUGCCUGUCGUCCUGGGACCACCAUUAGACGACUACAAAGCUGUGGCUCCACCCAAUUCUUUCAUCCAUGUUGACGAGUUUGCAUCAGUUAAAGACUUAGGAAAGUAUCUACAAGAGCUUGCAGAGGACAAGAAACGCUACAAUGAAUAUUUUACCUGGAAACAUCAGUGGAAAGUGAAGCUGUACACAGACUGGAGGGAGAGACUGUGUAAGAUCUGCACACAGUACAACAGUUUACCUCAGGAGAAAGUUUACUCCAACCUAGAGGCCUGGGUCAAUGCCCAAAACUCCUGAGCUUGCAUACAUGUGGCUCACUUACCACAUGGACAAAUUAGCAUCCUUGAGAUUUAGGAAACCUCAUCCAAGGACACUGUGGAAACAUGUAUAUGUACAUAUAUGCAUACAACUAACAUGCUUGAACAACUUCAUAUUAAGAACAAUGACGAAGUGAAUUAAAUCAUAGUACUGAUAUCCCUAGCACUAUAUAACAAACAACCUCUCUAGGGUGAAGACUAGUCUAACAGUUUGGGAAAUUUGCUUAUUCGCUUUCUUGCCCGAGAGUUAGAAAGAUUGAUACCAUUGAGUGGCUAUUCCUUUAAAUUUAACUCAACACAGCACACUUUGAGGGCACUGAUAUAAACACAGGCCCAUGCUGUCCCAUUCAACAGGCAGGCAUUUUACAUUUGCACUGUAUGUAAUAAAUGUAUGUCCUGUUUAUUUCAUGUCCAUCUUCCCUUGCCAGUAAAAAUGGUUUGCAUAAAAUACUUUGUUUCAUUGCAGGAAACACCAUAAUUGCAAUCUCAAAGCUCAACUUCCUCAAAGAAAUGUAAAACGGUAUUUUCUGUAACUGUGGGUAAUGACUCAGUUUGUUGCGACAUCUCAUUGAGAUUAAAGACACCGUCAGCACUGCUCAGUUCCUCAAACUCUUCCUUCAUAUUGUUUAUAAGUUAAGAUGUUGGACUUUAAGAGUAGGCUAAUUAAACUGCAAGUGCGCAAAAGGGUUGGACUCAAGUAAAAACUUUACUGGAGAAAAAGCAGUUUCUUGAUUACUAAAUGCAUUUACGGUUACAGUGGUUUGAUUGAAAACAUCUGUGUAGCUAGCGUAUUAAAUAAUUCAAUCCAUUUACAAUCUGUUGAGAAAAUGUCACAUUAAAAACUACUGAGUCUAACAGUUGUGAUUGCACAUUCACACAUUAGUAAAUAUGUCUAAAAUGAUUCAUGAGGCAAGAUUGUUAGAAUACUGAAAUAACUGGUUAAAAGGAUUGUUUGUCACUUCGACAUCGUCCAAAGUGGGUUUCAGAAUACAGAAAUAAGUCAAGAUAAAAAUUGCUUCACUGUUUUGAUAACUCUGAAAGUUUGUUCUUGCCAAUACAUUCACAGGCAUAGUCAAGAUGAGUGAAUAAAUGACAUUUAAUGUCUUCAUGUCUAAAAAUGACAGUCAUCCAAGUUCUAAAAAAAGAAAAAAAAAAAAAAAAAAAAAAGCUUAAAACAAGACAGAGAAAUACUCCACUAAGCACACAAACAUGUCACGUAUUGAGUGUUAUUCAACAUUUCAUAAAAACCCUUCACAAUAAAAACAGAUAUUGAAAUACAAUUUGACAGCAUAAUUGAUCCGGGUCAGAUCAGACCUAAUCUCACUACAAUUCAUUUGAGACAUUGAGAAAAUAUUGAUUGUGUGCAAAUGGCAGAUUAGCAGCUAAAACACUUGAGUAACAAGUCAUUAAUCACCUUUCCUGAAAUUACUUAGAAUCUCACCACCCCUCAAAUUAUGCAAAAGACAGUGAUGAUAAUCAACAAUCUUAAGGCCAAAAUCUGUGUUCAGUAUACAAGCGGGGCAUUUUCUUUUAAAAAAAAAAAAAAAUAGAAAGAAAAAAAGAAAGAAAGAUAAUAUUCAACAAAGUUACAAUACAACUGUGCAAAAAUUAUAGAAAAAUUUGUAUUUCCCAUUUCAAUGAGGCAGAUCAGACAA